GUCAUGCCAUUCUUAACUUGGGCUGAAAAUGAGGAACUCUACGGUUAUUAUUAAUAGACAUUUAGACACACAACAGCAUAAACGCAUGUCUCCUGGAUUUAAAGUCAAAAAAAGGAAACUGGGUCCGUGGAAAGAUUCUUUUGAAAGACCCAUCAGAUUAUCCUUAAAAACCUAAGUUCAAGCAUGCAGAGUCCCUUCUGGCCCACCUCCAGCAGGACAGCUAAUCUGGUUUUACUAAUCUUAGUAUGCAUCAAAGAGUGCAUUUCAAUGCCAGACCCUCAUCAGAGAGACCUGAUGCUGAAACAAGAACUCGCCCAGCAAGUAGGGGGCAGCGUGGAGCUCACACAGGCAGAAGAGCAGCUGGACUCACUCCUACACCAGUUAAAGAUAAAAGAGAUGGCUAUUUCACCUUUCCCACCUGCCAAACACUUCUUCAAAGUGCGACACCUCAUUCAAAAAAGCCCUGUCUUCAAGCUCCUACAGAAAAUGCCGAAAGGUAAAAACAGGUUUGUGGUCAAAUGUUUUCUGUAUUUCAUUUUACAAAAUUAUUCUGUGCUUCCAGGUGCCGCCCUCCACAUCCAUAGCUCCGCACUGGUGAGUGCCAAUUGGCUGGUGCUAAAUGCCACAUACAGGCCUUACUGUUAUAUCUGCUUCACAUGGGAGGGGUCAGUGUGGUUCCAGUUCUCCGCCCAUAAACCCCUUCCACGUUUGGGGUGUUCCCUCUGGAGUCGACUGGACACAUUGAGGGCCAGUCUGAGUGAUGUCACUGCUUUUGACAAGAGUUUAAUGCAGAAUCUUACACUUUUCACGGAUGAUCCGGAAACAGCUUAUCCGACACAGGAUGCAGUAUGGGAAAGGUUUGAGAAGAUCUUUGUAGCUCUCUCUGGGUUGGUCACAUAUGCACCAGUCUUUAAGGACUACAUCUACCAGGGUCUGAAGGAGCUCUAUGAAGACAACAUCAUGUACCUGGAGCUGAGGGUUGGACAGUCCAGGGCCUAUGAACUUGAUGGGACUACUCAUGAUAAAGCCUGGUCUCUGGAGGUCUACAGAAACCUCACAGAGCAGUUCAGAGCGGCUCAUCCCGACUUCAUAGGAUCUCGUAUAAUCUACUCCAUACACAGAUCUCUCAGUGUGUCUAAAGUGAAGCAGGCAGUUCAAGAAGCCAUAAAAAUGCAGAGACAAUAUCCAGAUGUCCUUGCUGGAUUUGACCUGGUAGGUCGUGAAGACACCGGAAGAUCAAUCUGGUACUUUAGAGAGGCUUUAUCACUUCCUUCAGAGCUUAAGAAAGAUCUUCCUUUCUACUUCCAUGCUGGAGAGACAGAUUUAGAUGGUACAGAGGUGGACAGGAAUAUUAUAGAUGCCUUGCUGUUUAAUACGAGUCGCAUUGGGCAUGGCUUUGCACUGGUACACCAUCCAGUGGCCAAGAAGCUCUCCAGAAACAGGGGGGUGGCAGUCGAAUUGUGUCCCAUUUCCAAUCAGGUCCUAAAUCUGGUCUCAGACCUUCGAAACCAUCCUGCUGGAGUGCUCAUGUCAGAUGGUCAUCCUGUAGUGGUGAGCUCUGAUGAUCCAACACUGUUUGGCACCACUGGCCUUGCCUACGACUUCUACGAGGUCUUUGUGGGAAUUGGAGGAUUGAGUGCUAAUCUGGGUACUUUAAAAGAGCUUGCAAUAAAUUCAAUCAGGUACAGUUCAUUGUUGCCUCAACUAAAGGACAAGGCUAUGAAAGUAUGGCAGGAAAAGUGGGACAAAUUCAUAGCAGAUAACUCAAAAUUGUGACAAAAAGCAGAGACCUCCAUCCCUCCAUCCAGAGUUCCAAUCUCACCAAAGAACAGACGAUCAACCACAAGUAUGCCCAUUACAGACGGACUCCUGAAGACCAGACCGAGCAGAGGUUUAUGAUCACACUCUUAAAACAGUGCACAGGAAUACAAAAACAAAUGCACACACUUACUUUUCUGGCUGUGAAAAGUCAUUUUGAUCAUACCACCUCUGUGGGAACAACUCGUACAUGCACCAGAGCGCCCAGUCAAAGCCAUGUGCAGCGGCAGGAUAUUUCGUUACUGAGAGGUCAUGAAAAUUCACUUUGUCAAACACAGGGCUCAGGACCACCGUGCGGUUCGCCUGGAUACGAGCAAGUAAAGGCUCUGCCCUAUAAGGGAACAGUGGUGUAUGAUCACAAUAAUAAACUGUAGAAAACAAGCCCAUUUUAAACAUCAUGUUUUCUAUAUUUUUAUUAUCUUACAGGUAUUUGUUUGCAAUAAUACAAAAGUACUAUUUAGGAUUGGAUUAAAUAAUGUCAACUGAGCAGUUCCACACCAUUGGACAUGGACUUCCACGUGAGCAUCCAAAAUGGCAACUACAUCUGCGGUGGCAGCCUUCCACCCUGAGAUUCGAGCCUGGCUGAGACCUCUCUGCUCUGAAUGAGACACCAGCUUCACCAAGUUUGAAUGCUUCUGAUUAAUGGAUGUGACAUAGAUGUACAGCUGUGUCUUCAAAUCUUCUGUAAAAGGAGACACAAUCUACACUCUUAAGAACAAAGGUGCUUGAAAGGAACUUUACAUUUAGCGAUGUCAUAGAACCAUUUUUGGUUCCCAAAGAUUCAUUCAGUCAAUGGUUCUUCUAUGGCAAUGUGAAGCACCUUUAUUUUUAAGAGUGUCCUAAAAACAUGCACCUGAAUUUUUUUGGUUAUUUUUGCUUCCACUGAAAUCUUUCAGCAAAUAUUAAUACAGGCUACAAAUUAAGCCUUCACAAACAGAACUAGGAAGCAGGAUAUGCAAAUAUAUUCAAUUCAAUUCAAUUUUAUUUAUAUAGCGCUUUUCACAAAAGUCAAUUGUUUCAAAGCAGCUUUACAUAAAUAGAAGCAGUGAAAAGCACAGAAAACGACAGAUAGCACAACAGAAUACAUGAUAGCAUGAGCAGUUAAAUUUGCUGCGGCUAUGACUCAAUAUUAUAAUUGCACGUAUUACUAAAGCAACGUAUAGAAGAGGAAGCUAGGUAAAGCCCAAAAAGGCUGCCUCCCCGGGGUGAAAAACCCCCUAGGAGAAAAAAAAAAAACCCCGGGCUUUUAUCCGAGGAAAAAUAAGUCCUAGGAGGGAAAAACCCUUGGGAGAACGGAAAUGGAGAUUUAGCGGAGAUUAAGCGGUUCUGCCGGUGAUCGUUGGUCAGGUAUCAGCUGGGCAUAACGUUGAAGGACAGCCAGUAGAUC